AUGGGAUUCAACAAUGAUACUGAUGGAUCAGGUUCGGAGUCAGGAUCAAGCCGCGGUGGAAGCCAAAGCCGUAGUCGAAGUAAUAGCAGAAGCCGGAGCCGGAGUGGAACCCCUCAAGUUGCUCCUACUCCCGGCUUCUCUUUAGAACAUCAUGAUUCUCGGUCGAAUUCACCCAGUCAACGCUCCCGUUCCGGCACUCCGACACAGAACCGAAGUCGAUCGAAUUCUGCGGCAUCACAGCGAUCAAGAUCGGGUUCAGGUGAUCGAUCGCGCUCUGGCAGCCGUUCACCAUCGCCAGGAAGUGCACAGAAACGCCGGAGUAGGUCUCGCAGUGGCUCAGGCUCGCCCGCUGGAUCGCAUCGUUCCGGCUCAGGAUCCAGGCAUUCGCGGUCGCGGUCACGGUCACGGUCACGGUCCCGUUCACAAGGGUCCGGCAGUGAGCGGUCGCGUAGUGGCACACCGCAAAAUCGUUCUGGCAGCGGUACGCCCGUUAAUCGGUCGCGUAGCGGUUCGGUCGCCUCAGGAUCGCCCGCCUCGCAACGAAAAUCACGUUCCCGUUCGGUUCGAUCCGGCUCGGCGCGCAGUCGGUCUGGGUCGGUACAAUCUGGAGCUAACGAUAAACGGAAACGGGCCGUAUUGAGCAGUGAUUCCGAUUCGGAGGGUGGUGGAAAGAAGGAAGCGAAAAAGAAAAACAAACUGAUCGACACCGAUUCCGACGAGGAAGCUGACUUGGGAAAGGACACCGACGGGAAAGGAAAGGACGUUACCGCAGAUGCUUUGUUCGGCGAUGCGGACGACAUCAGUUCGGAUGAGGCCGGUGGUGAUACAGCUGACCGGGAGCGUGAUGAACUGGACGACUUGGAAGAUGAGCAACGCAAGCAGGAUCAGGACAGGGCCCGUUCGCGAUCCAGAAGUCGUAGUCGCAGUCGCAGCAGAAGCCGCGACAGUAACCGCCGAUCAUCUGACGAAGAAGGCAAUCGCGAUAGGCUAGCCCGUUGGGAGGAGCCGAAGGAACCGGAACCAGAACCGGAGCCGAUUCCAGAAACGCGGAUAGACGUCGAGAUUCCUCGUAUCGUGACGGAUCUCGGACGGGACAUUCAUUUCGUGAAGCUGCCUAAUUUCUUAUCUGUUGAAACACGCCCCUUCGAUGUGGACACGUACGAGGACGAAAUCGAUGAAGAAGAAACGCUCGACGAGGAAGGUCGACAGCGACUGAAGUUGAAGGUGGAGAACACAAUUCGCUGGAGAAACAACAUCGAUAACAAGGGUAACGCGCAGCGAGAAACGAACGCAAGGUUCGUGAAGUGGUCAGAUGGCAGCAUGAGUUUGCACCUGGGUUCUGAGAUAUUUGACGUGUACAAGCAACCGCUGCAGGGUGACCAUAACCAUCUGUUCAUCCGCCAAGGUACCGGUUUGCAGGGUCAAUCGGUGUUCCGUACGAAGCUCACCUUCCGGCCGCAUUCGACGGAAUCGUUCACCCAUCAAAAGAUGUUGAUUUCGCUGGCUGAUCGGUCACAGAAAACGUCCGGUAUCAAGAUUCUCACGCAGGUCGGCUUUGAUCCGGACGCGGAUCGCAAGCAAAACCUCAAGAAAGAGGAAGAGAAGCUUCGGAUGGCGAUGCGAGCGAAGCAGACCUCUGUCAAGCCGAAACGGGGUCGCGAUUCCGGUGCGAAUGCAAGUAACGCUUACCACCACGACGAGGGAUCGGACGAUGAAGGUGGCAUCUCUAUUGCGGCCAUCAAGAACAAAUUCAAGGGUGACAAGGCGAAGGGUGCCGCCGGUAAACAAAGCACAGCCAUCUAUUCCUCGGACGAAGAGGGCUCGGAUCUGGACAUGGGCCGACGCAAGAAGAACAUCGACAAGAAGAAAGCCCUCAAAUCAUUGGCCGACUCGGACGACAGCGAGGCCGGCUCGGAAUCGGAACAUUCGCAUGGGACCCGCUCCCGUUCGAACUCCGCGUCCGGGUCUGGGUCGGGUGGCGAAGGUUCUGGAAGCGAAAAGAGCGCUGGCAGUGGCGGUGGCGGUGGCGGUAAUCGCUCUGAAGAGGACAGUGACGAAUAGGGUGGUGGUCGGCUUUGUGUCUUGGCUGGCAGAAGUGCAGGAUUUGUGUACUGUGCUUUUACUUUUAAAAAUUG